CGUGCUGAACGUGAGGUCUCUUGCGCCUCUAGCGGAGCGGAAGAAGAACUGCACACUUUCUACAGAACAGACGGAAAAUGACUUCCAGUUAUCGACUGGUCCCUCUUGUGGUCAUCAAGUGUAGAUCUUCAAGCAGAAGUGGCUGUCUGCUUUGCUCUGCUGCAGGCAAAAGCAGAAGCCCUUUUGGGCACAGUUCUGGAGCUCAGGGAGAGACACCGCUGUCCCCUUCUCAAACAACCACAGCAUUCACUCAUAUCGUGGAGAUGUGGAGCCUGUGCCAUGAAGCCAGAUUAGUGGCUAGCCAGUUCAGUUUCAGUUUAGUUUGCACCAAUUCUUGUUUUUAGGUGCCAUGAAGGAGCUCAGCUCGGCUGGUCCAUGAUGCCAACAAAGAGAGAUGGAAGUCCAGUUGCCUUCAUGUUACUUAAAUCUAUAUUGUUUCAGCAUCGACAUCGCAAUGUGAAAAUCUGCUAUAGUGACAUCACAGGAUUUUCUAUGUUGAGUCGGGAUUGUGAUUAACCAGAAAACAGAGUUCAAAUGAUCAAAUGUGUAGCGUUAACAAAGAAUAAUUGCAUUGAAUUAUUUUUAUACUGAAGACUA